GGCGGCGCCAAUCCCUCUCGCGGCGCAGCCCCGCGCGCGUUUCCCCGGCCCCCUCCCCCUCGUUAGUGGCUGGAGCCGAAGGCGCGCAGGGCCGGAGACGUCGGAGGAGCCGGAGCCUCGGGACGCGGAGCUGCUCGGAGGCGGUGAAGUCGGUGUCUGUCUCUCUCUCCAGCGAUCGCACGGAGUAAUAGCUCUUGGAGUCUGCAAUAAAAAAUGGCCUCCAAUAAAACUACAUUGCAAAAAAUGGGAAAGAAACAGAAUGGAAAGAGUAAAAAAGUUGAAGAGGCAGAGCCUGAAGAAUUUGUAGUGGAAAAAGUAUUGGACCGACGUGUAGUGAAUGGGAAGGUGGAGUAUUUCCUGAAGUGGAAAGGAUUCACAGAUGCUGACAAUACUUGGGAACCUGAAGAAAAUUUAGAUUGUCCAGAGUUAAUUGAAGCGUUUCUUAAUUCUCAAAAAGCUGGUAAAGAAAAAGAUGGUACAAAAAGAAAGUCUUUAUCUGACAGUGAAUCUGAUGAUAGCAAAUCAAAGAAGAAAAGAGAUGCUGCUGAUAAACCAAGAGGCUUUGCCAGAGGUCUUGAUCCUGAACGAAUAAUUGGUGCCACAGACAGCAGUGGAGAGUUAAUGUUUCUUAUGAAAUGGAAAGAUUCGGAUGAGGCUGAUUUGGUGCUGGCAAAAGAGGCAAAUAUGAAGUGUCCUCAAAUUGUAAUUGCUUUCUAUGAAGAAAGACUAACUUGGCAUUCUUGUCCAGAAGACGAAGCCCAAUAAUUGUUUGCAUUGCUUUUUAUAUAUAUUUAUACAUAUAUAUAAAAUCUGGGUCUUGGUUUUUUUUUUUUGAUUUAUUAGUGUGAAGAAAGAACUACAUUAUAAUGAAAAUCAAGUUUGAUAUGUUUGUUUUAAAGUAGUGCUGGGGAGUUGUUGGGGGGGUUGCAUCUAUAGCACUGGUUACUUUGAACAAAAGCUUUCUGUAGUUGCUUCCUUUAUCAGAAAAGAACAUUUGAUACCAUGUUGUAUUUUUUCCUCUGCAUUAGAGAAGCUUUUCUAAAUGUUGAGGGAAAUCUCCAUAGUCAUUACUCAGUCAGAAUUUGUAUGUGCCUAAGGAUCAUUGUGGGUUUUUUGUUUA